AUGGAUCCUGAGAAAGCUGAGCGGCUUAGCCGGCUCCAGAUGGAAGAUUUGGGAACUGCCAGGAGGGAACACAUCUCUACCACAGAUAACAGGAAAGUUAAGAAGGCCCGUUUAGAAGAUAUCGAAGCCACUCGACUAUCGAAUCAGCCCGGGACAGAGGCUCAGCGUUUAGCUGAGCAGAAUCGACAACAGCUCACCGAAUGGAAAAACGUGUUCAAAAAGCUAGGUGACACCCUUGACCUAGAAAAUCUCGAUGAUCUCCUAAAUGGCCAAAGUCACCGUCUUCAACUGAGAGCUGCUUUGCACGGAUCUGGCAGUUAUGACAGUGGUAGAUCUUCAAAGACGACGGAUAACUACCCUAAAAUAUCAGAAGCUUUACACUCGGCGUCUACUAGGGGUUCUAGAACACGAGGCCGAGGUGGCGGCAUAGCUGGCACGAGAGGCCGUGGCGAUGUGAGAGUAGUAUCUAGCAGAACCCCGUCCGGUACUUCCGAUCGUGCUCCUGCCUCUAAGCCAGGGCACCACGUACCUCAGCCUUCCGGCGUCCGCAAGACUUCACUAGACCCGGCUCUAGAAAUAAAUAGCAGUGGUUCUUCCGGGAAAGGUCGUGAGAAACAGGCCCAGAAUAAGCCAUUGUAUCAGUCUGGGAAGAAGAGAGGGUAUGACGAAAGGAGUCAAAUGUCUGCUGUUGUCAAAACUAGACGGCCAAUGGACGGCUUACCACAGCUUCUUAGCCCUCCCGAGUGUUUUCUAGCAGAAGCUAGAAGAUUACUCCAGGGUGCCUCAGAGGCCACACCUGCUGCUGCUACCCAGAAUGACUCUAACCUCCAUAGUGCUCCUUCAGCGGUGUCAUCUCGUGAAAGUCGAAUGGCACAAUCCAGUACCACACGAAAGGCCGUACUGCCGAACACUAAAACUGUGGCCAGUCAUGAUGAGCCGGCAUCAGUGACUACCCCUACAAAAACACCCCAAGAGGAUCAAAUGCCACAGCUGAGCACGACCCAAGUCACUGCUAAGCCAGUCAUCAGUGAUGCGAUUAAUCAAAAUGCAGAAUCUACUAUCGUUAGCUCCGAAGCUACAAGCAAGGAUCAGUCAGCUUCAGAAACCGAUCCCAAUAGAACUUCCUCGGAAGUUCUUCUUGAUUUGAGCAGUACACCACCCACAAAGGUCUCAUUUGCGAGCGAUGAUAAUCUGGUAAUGAGCCCUUCAUUCCAAGAGCUGGAGGGCCUAGAAUUUAUGCAGAGCUUACCAAGCACCCCGGAAAGCAUAUCGUCCCAUGUGUCCCAGAUGCCCGAAUGUGAGGAUCCCUCAAAGAGUACAAUUUCCGUCGAACGAAGCCCGGCUAUUACUCAGGCAGAUGAAGAUGGACCCUAUGACAAGUUUCAGCGUGAUAUAGAAAUGCUUUGUAAGUUAAUGGCGUCAACCUCGCUCUCGAACAAGCACCGUGAAAGCUUGGUGGAAUGCAAAGCGGAGCUCGAGGCAAAACUCCAGAGUUUUCAGCGCACAUCUACGCUAACUACAACAUCCCCAGAGCCUUCAGCUGAAAGCGCUACCAGGGGAGAGAGUGACUUGAGUGGCUCACAAAAUCGAAACAGUCCUAGUCUACUAAGCCGUCUUAAUGUGACGGCGGCCCCGUUCGUUCCAAGCAGACCCGAUAUGUCACCCACCCCCACUCGAGCACGAGCUAGAUCCGUGUCAUUCGCGGUACACCCAGGCCAUAUAUUCGGGGACCACCUGCUACCAGGUCGGCGUGAGCAUCGGGCUGCAGUACACCCCAAGGAGACUCACAUAUUUGGUGAUCACGUACUCCCUGGUAGACGUCAAGUGAGCGAGUCAAGCAGCACUCAAAUUAAGUUCAGUAUCCCGAGAAAAACACCCGUGCUACCAAACUUGAAAAUCCCGGGAUUUGAAGGGCGUGAGGAGCCUGCUCUAGAUUCACUCUACCCUCUUGGCGAUACUCAACAGACACUUCUACAUACAGGCCCAACAAACAAGGUUAUCCGAAAAUCCGGUGCACCUGAAGAUCAAUUGCAGCAGUCGAUACAUGCGCCGAAGGAGAAUAAAACUCCAAUGAAUCUAUCGGGUGCACAAGCUUUGGGUGGCCUUCAAGCUUCUAUCUAUGCAGUCCAUGAGAAAAGCAAGCCAAUCCGUUGA